AUGCGAUCCUUCAGGUGGCCUCAGUCUUUGCUCUCGGCCCAACGUCCUUUACUUUUCGACACAAGGCAAUCGGGUCGCCUAUCGCAAUGCUGCUGCAGGCUCAACAGCACGACUUCAUCUGUUGUCGAUAACCAGGGUCGACCUGUCUACUAUGAACCUCCCCCUACUUACCUCGGCACGGAAGAACGCGUCCCGCUCGAUCGCUGGUUACAGCCUGGACUUGUGUCGGCUUUGAAGGAGGCGUUUCCUGCGGUGAAAUAUGCUACUACUACACAACGCGAGCUCUUCAAGGCCGUGAUGGUGGGGCAGGAUGUCAUGUUGCAGACGCCGACGGGAAGUGGGAAGUCGUUCUCCCUCAUGUUGGCGGCGCUCUCCAAAGAGCGGACGUCCACUGAUGCGCAGAGCAUAACGUCUCUUAUCAUCGUUCCGCACAGAGACUUGGUGUACCAGUACCUCCGCUGGAUCCAAAGAAUCCAUGACGUUAUUCCCGAGUUGGGUACUCUGGAUUCUUUGGCACAGACACUCGUCCGGGGCUCGUCGGUCUCACUCGACGAGCGUUUGCAGAGAAUGCGCGCGGAACCUCCGCACAUCCUCAUUGGCACCCCGCAGGCUCUCCUGGAGGCGUACCAGCGGUCUCCCGAGGUGCUCAUGUUCGGCAAGCUCUCCACCGUGGUCGUGGACGAAGUCGACUAUCUCCUCGAGUGGCUACCGCAAACGCGCGACAAGUACAAGAAGCUCAAGGCGACACGUAUGCUGCGCAAGCACCCCACGCCGACCCGGCAGUUGCUCGAUGCGAUAUUUCAGCCGGUGCGUUCGCCCGUCAGCGCGCAGAAGCAGAAGAAUUUCGAGGGGGAGGUGAUGGAGCUUGACGAGUCUGGGGUGAAUCGCCCGCAGCUUGUCAUGGCGAGCGCGACGUUCCGGGCGAACUUCCGGCGGUACCUUCUCGACUCCGGCGGGUGGCACCACCAGACGAGGGGUUGGGUGAAGAUUGCCAACAAUACCAAGGAUGAUAAGUUCAUCGCUGAUCACGAGGACAACCGCGCUGUGCACUCGCUCGGGGGUACGGGGAUACAACACCAUGUUUUGGUCGUGUCGGAGACGGGAGAUGUCAGAAACAUCCACGAUGCCGCCGUGUCAAGUGAGGGCAAUCGCGGUGCAAAAAUCGAAGAGGCUCGUGUGGAUGGUGAAGGCAGGAAGUCACCACCUGUAGGAAAGUUUGCGUCGGACGCUAAGAAACCAUCCGAUAACGACGUGGACACUGUUCCAUUCAGUCCACACCUACUAGAAGCCGUAGCGGAAGUAUUCGCGCUGGACGUCCCGCGUCUGGCUUUGUUAGUUUUGCCGGCCUCUGCACCUGUGCUCGAGGUCAUAGGGGAACUUCGCAAGCUCGGGGUCAACGCGCAAGGGAUGAACGUACUAGAGGACGAAGCGGGUGGUACGUACUUGACUCAAGACGCUCCGGAAGAUGCCACAGAGAAUCCAACAAUGCUCGUGUCAACUCUCGCGACGACCCGAGGACUGGAUCUGCCCAGUAUCACCCAUGUGUUCAUUCUCGGCUUGCCGAAGGAUCGACCAGGCGAUGCAUACAUGCACGCUGCUGGGCGUGUGGGGCGAUUCGGGCGCAGCGGCAAGGUCAUCACGGUCAUCGAGGAGCAACGCCUGGUCACUACCCGGAAGGGAGAGAAACGAUUGGUGGACCAGCCCCGUAUUCUCCGCCAUACACUCGAGGUAAUGGGUGUCGUGCCCACGAAGCUGUCGCAUUUCGCAUAG